AUGGCGGACAGUAUCAAGUCAGAGGCACAUCUAGCUCUGUGUUACUGGAUGAAUAUCGAGGAAAUGGAGUGGGAGGAGUCAAGACACGCCUGUCAGGAAAAAGGCGGGGAUUUGAUCUCAUUGGACACGGACGAAAAGUUUAUGUACUUGCAGGAAGCAAUAGGCAAUGACAAUCGUACCUAUUGGCUUGGAGGUCGUAAGGUUUCUAGCGGAUGGACCUGGCUGUCUGGAGUAGAGAUUUCACUUGAGAGUCCAUUCUGGCACGUUGGACAGCCCGACUCACAAAGUCAGGAGCGUUUAUGCUCAGGAGAUUGCCCAGACGUUGUCGGAUUCCAUUUUGUUCAGCAUCUAGCUCUGUGUUACUGGAUGAAUAUCGAGGAAAUGGAGUGGGAGGAGUCAAGACACGCCUGUCAGGAAAAAGGCGGGGAUUUGAUCUCAUUGGACACGGACGAAAAGUUUAUGUACUUGCAGGAAGCAAUAGGCAAUGACAAGCGUACCUAUUGGCUUGGAGGUCGUAAGGUUUCUAGCGGAUGGGCCUGGCUGUCUGGAGUAGAGAUUUCACUUGAGAGUCCAUUCUGGCACGUUGGACAGCCCGACGCACAAAGUCAGGAGCAUUUAUCCUCAGGUACUACCUACUUCGGAAGUUUUGGAAUGGAUGAUGAGUCCAGCAGUACUAAGAGAUCGUCCAUUUGUGAGAUGACUCGGAAAUAA